AUGAGAGGUGUUCGCGCCAUCCUCGAGGGUUGGACGGUAAGGAUUAGGGAGAGCGAUCUGGCUGCAAUGACACACGGCAUACCCAUGAUUGGGGCACUUGAAGCCAAUACCCGUCCAAGCCUCGAAGGAACCCGUUUGCCACGAGACACGUUUGGUGCCCUGUCACACCUUCGGUCUCUUUACCGCUCUCAGGAACACCCGAUUCCGAAUUGCGGAGACUACGACACAAUGAUAUCGUCUCUCGAAAGGAGUUGCAUCGGUUUGGCCAACGGGGGGCUGCAAGUUGAAGUCAGCGCCUGCCUCCUAUGGACAUACUCCAUCCCGGAGUCAGUCAUUGAUGAUCUCCGGCGGACCGAGCCACAUGCAUUGGUGUUGCUGUCGUACUUGAAUGUGUUCAUCACGGUUUUGGACAAGGAUUAUUGGUUCUUUCGCGGAUGGUCAAGUCAACUCUUGGCAGAUAUAAACAGCCACUUCAAGGAAGAUCACCGUUUUGACGAGUGGCUGGCAUGGCCCAGAGGUAACACUUAG